AUGUCCGCCCAAGACAUGUUCUGGGCGGCUCCGCCGAUAGCGAGAACCCUCACAGCCGCCAUCGUGCUCGUCUCCAUCCCAGGCCACCUCAUUGGGAUCCCUGAUCUCUACUGGCUCGUCUUCGACACCUACACCAUCUUCACGCUCAAGCAGGUGCCGCAGAUAUGGCGGCUGGUGACUAACUUCCUCAUCACCGGGCCUAAGUUCGGCAUGAUUCUGGAUCCGUACUUCGUCUUCACAUACGCCUCGAGCCUUGAGACGGCGGCAUCACGAUUUUCUCAGCCGGGUGACUUCUCCAUCUAUCUGGCCUUCGUGUCAGUCAUUAUUCUGCUACUCGGCGGCUGCUAUCUCGGCAGUGUCUUCCUCUUGAGCCCGCUCACGCUGGCCCUGGCAUACACCCACGCUCAAGAAAACCCGAACCAGCAGAUCAACUACUUUGUCGUCACCUUCAGUGCCAAGUGGCUUCCUGUCGUCAUGCUCAUCGGCACCGUGAUCAUGGCCUCGCCCUAUGCUGCGCUGGUGCAAGCGACAGGACUGGUCGCCGCUCACGCCUACGACUUUUGUACCAUCAUAUGGCCGCAGUAUGGCGGUGGGCGGAAACUGCUCAGCACCCCCGUCGCCGUGCAAAGAUGGUUCGCGAAUGUUGCCGGAGCUCCUCAACGAAGGGGUGCCGGGACCGCUUUCAAUACGGGAGGUCCCGCGGCACAGAACGUACCCCAAAGGUCGGCGGGGACUGGCGGAGGAUGGACCAGUGGCUUUGGUGGGAACGGCUGGGGUCAGAGAGGACCUGGCAGGCGUUUAGGAGGUGAUUGA